CGAACCUCUCACGGCCAAUAAAUUCUUAUAUAAAUCGCUCGUUAAAGAAUUAUUAGCUAUUUAACUACAAGAUCUACAAUGGCAGAUAGUAACUCAUCUCAACACAAUCCAAAGAAUAGGAGAACUCCUAGACAUGACAGACGUCAAUCUACACAGCUUUAUAACCCUGACGAUAAUACACACUCAAGUUUAGAUAUGCCACCUCUACCUGUACAAAAUCAACAGCGUAAUAAUAAUGGUCAUCGCAAAACUGCGUCUAUGAACCCGAACCCACAAGAUCGUAAUCGUCGUAAGAAUCUAGCGCCUAGAUUCCAAGAAGACCAAGUCGAAGCUGAAGGCGAGGUCGACAGCUAUGGCACACUCAAUCAGAACUUCCAAUUCGGUGCUAAGCGUCGUACAACUCCAAAUUCUAUUUCAUUCAGCAACCACACCCCGUCGCAGUCACUUGGCGGAGGUAACUACGGUCAUCCACUUAAUAAUAUGACUCCAGAACAACUUCUGAUUCAACAACAAAUUGAAGCUUUACAACAUCAACAGAGAGCUCUCAUUCAAAAUCAAUCUCAAUUCGUACAACAAUACGAUCAGCAAACUUUAAACUCUAGAAUGAAUACGGCAGGUGCCAACAAUCACCGUCGUAUACAAUCUCAACAGGUUCCUAAUAUGAGAUCACCUAACUUCGGUCAAUACUCACCGCAAUCUUCUUCACUUUACAACCCACAGUCUCCUCAAAUGAAGAAUAUUCCAAAAGGACAUGGUAGACGUCACUCUGUUAACGUCUCAAAAGUUACACAAGAUUUAGAUAACUUUUCUUUCCCACCAAAGAAUCCUAAUAGCGGUAAUAUCCCUCCAGGCCAUGCGAGAAGGAUUAGUACCGGACAAGCGAUUCAGCAACCAGUUGCUAUAAAUAGCCAAAGCGGCGUUCCUGACCUGGCACAAGCUCAAUCUCAAUUAGCUUCAUUAGCUCAAUUUCGUGUCGGAGUUGGUGCGGGUGGUCACAAUAGAGCUCAAUCUUUUGCUUUCCCUAAUGCUUUUCAAAAUAUGGUUGCCGCUGCUUCUUUAUCUGCCGCACUUGGCGGUAAUCAAAUGGGUAAAUUUGACAAUGGUAUAAAUUACGCUUUACAACAACAACAAGCUUUUAAUUUACAAUUACAACAACCAGGUGGUCAAGGUGGUCCACAGCGCAAAUCUUUAUUCGCACCGUACCUUCCACAAGCAAGUUUACCACCUUUACUUACAGCUGGUAAAUUAGUUGUUGGUAUGUUACGUGUCAACAAACGUAAUAGAUCAGAUGCCUAUAUUUCAACUGAAGUUUUAGAUGCUGAUGUCUACAUUUGCGGUAGUAAAGAUCGUAAUCGUGCAUUAGAAGGUGAUAUUGUCGCAGUCGAAUUAUUAAACGUUGACGAAGUUUGGGGUACAAAGAAAGAAAAGGAAGAAAAGAAGAGACGUAAAGAAGAGAAUGCUCAAUAUGAUGCUUUGCGUGCUAUUAAUCCAUCAAUUGAAACUAAACAACAAGCUAAAAACAGAGAUGAUGUUGAAGUUGAAGGUCAAGGUUUGUUCUUGAUUGCAGAUGAAGAAGUUACCGAUGAACAAAAGCCAAAAUACGCUGGACAUGUUGUUGCGAUUGUUGAACGUAUGCCGGGUCAAUUAUUCUCAGGUACACUUGGUAUUUUAAGACCAAGUUCAGCGGCAACCAAAGAAAAGCAAGAUGCCGAAAGACGUGAGCGUGAAGGUGGUAUACCACAAGCUCAAGAGAAACCAACUCAGAAACCAAAGAUCGUUUGGUUUAAACCAACUGAUAAGAGAGUACCACUUAUUGCGAUUCCAACUGAACAAGCUCCAAAAGAUUUCUUGGAAAAGAGUGAAGACUAUCAAAAUGAGAUAUUCGUUGCUUGCAUUAAACGUUGGCCAAUUACUUCAUUACAUCCAUUUGGUACUUUAGUUGAAAAGCUUGGUACAAUUGGUGAUGUUGAAGUUGAAACUAGUGCUUUAUUAAAGGAUUCCAACGCUUGCUUCUCUGAAGAUUUCUCAGAAAAUGUACUCAAAUGUUUACCUUCACUUCCUUGGUCAAUUCCUGAACAAGAAUAUAUGAAUAGAAGAGAUCUGAGAAACGAAAGAACGUUCACGAUUGAUCCUGACACAGCAAAAGAUUUGGAUGAUGCUGUUUCGAUCAAAUUAAACGAGGAUGGUACAUAUGAUAUAACAGUUUCAAUUGCAGACGUUAGUUACUUUAUUAAACCAAAUUCUGCAUUAGAUAAAGAUGCGAGGAAGAGAGCUACCAGUGUUUAUCUAGUUCAAAGAGCUGUACCAAUGCUUCCUUCAGUUUUAUCAAGUGACUUAUGUUCUUUAUUACCUGAUAAAGAAAGAUUAGCAUUUUCUGUCACAUUUACAAUGACGAAAGACGCUAAAGUUAUUAAAACUUGGUAUGGACGUACAAUUAUUAAAUCUUGCGCUCAGUUAAGUUAUCAAAAUGCUCAAAAUGUGAUUGAAGGAAAAUCAUUAGAUGCCGCUAAAGAAAAAUUAAGUGAUUUGCAUUCAAGUGAUGAAAUCGAAGGUGAUAUUAAGGUAUUGUUUGAUUUAUCAAGGAAAUUACGUCAACGUAGAUUUGAUAAUGGUGCAUUAAAAAUUGAUUCUAUGAAAUUGUCUUUCCAACUCGAUGAUAAUGGCGUUCCAAUUGAUUGUGUGGCAUAUCAAUCAAGAGAAGCAAAUAAUUUAAUUGAAGAAUUUAUGUUAUUGACGAAUAUGUCGGUUGCAUCACAAAUUGCAGUUAAUUUACCUGAACAAUCUUUAUUAAGACGUCAUGAAGAUCCAAUUGAUAGAAAAUUGGAAGGAUUUAAAGAAAGGGCAAAAGAUUUAGGAUUUGACAUGGAUAUUUCAUCAUCAGGAGCACUACAAAAGUCAUUUUCUGAUAUUAAGGAUAAGGAAGCUAGUAGUAUGUUACAAGUUUUGGCUGUAAAAGGAAUGUGUAGGGCAAAAUACUUCUGUUCAGGUGCAAUCGAUAUUAGUGCAUACAAACAUUAUGCAUUGAAUGUACCAUUGUACACACACUUUACAUCGCCAAUUAGAAGAUAUGCUGAUGUAAUUGUUCACCGUCAAUUAGAUACAGUGUUACAAUUUGGUGAAGAUGCAGAGAAUAAAUUUGGUACAGGUGAAAGAGAAACUAUUGCAAAGAUUGCUCAACAAUGUAAUAUAAAGAAGGAUGCUUCAAAGCAAGCACAAGAGAGCUCACAACAUUUAUACUUAUGUUUGUUGAUUUCAGAUUUAACUAGAAGAUAUGGACCUGUUGUUAGGCAAGCAACAGUUAUUGGCGUUUUGGAUAGAGCAUUUGAUGUUUUAGUUAAUGAUAUGGGUAUUGAAAAGAGAGUACAUGUCGAUAAGAUUCCUGUUGAUAAUAGCGAAUUCAACGAGGAAGAGAAGACUUUAGAUUUAUAUUGGAAGAAUGGUGUCGAUGUUAUCUCUUGGUUAGCAGAUAAUAGCUCAGAUAGUCAUCUUAGAAGAAUACAAGAGAUGGCAUCUAAGCAUGCGCCUUCACAUAUGACAUCCAGAUCAACACAAGAUGAAUCAGCAUUAUUUGAUGACGAUGAUGAGGAAGACGAUGAUGAAGACGAAGAUAAUGGAAUUCCUAAUGACACUAACGAUAAUGACAACAUUCAAACAGUUCAACACAUGAAAUCUAAACAAGUUUAUGAACCUAAAUAUCAGAAUGUUAGAAUUGAUAAUGGAAAUUACAUACAAACUAUAAAGGAAAGAAUGACCGUUGAUAUAAUUGUUACAGCAGACUUUUCAGCAUCCCCACCUAUUUUGAAAUGCUACUGUGGUAAUCCAUUUGCAUAACAGGAUUAUCAAUUAAUAUGAAAACUCUAAGAUUUCUUUUCCUUUUUUAUUUUUCGAAAUACAAUUUUGUUAAUGAUUAAUUACAAAUCAAUGAUUUUUCACUUUUUUUUCACUUUUGACGAGAUAAUCCAUAUAGAUUCUCCAAAAUGGGAAAGCAAUUGCUGCUAUAAGUAAGUAAAAGGUAUCAAUUAAGAUAUUGUUAGUUGGUGAUGCACCUCUACUUAUAUUCUUGAUGAGACUUCCUACAAAGUCUGAUGUAAUUUGAUAUUCGUCUUUAUCUAUACCUUUUAGUAGAGCGAUUGCACAUUCCUGCGGUGUUAAACCAUCUGCAGCACCCUCAAUUUUCUUUGUAAGUGCAGGUUUAGUUUCAUUUUCAGUUUCAUAACCUGGUGUAUAUAUUGUUCCUGGGAAAUAAACAUGUGUACGAAUAUCGUAGAGUUGUAACUCUGUUCUAAGGGUAUCGCCUAAACCUCUAAUCGCAUGUUUAGAAGGAGUAUAAGAAGAGUAACCUGGAAGACCUAAUGGGAAACCAAGGACUGAUGAAACGAGAGUCACAUGUGAGUCUUUAAUACCAUCUUGUAUAAUUAUUGAGGUUGCAGCCUUAACAGUCCACAAGGCGGAAUAAUAAUUGGUUUGCAUAUCUUUCAUGAAAUUAUCUACUGACAUUUCUGCAAACCAUCCAGGUGUUGAACAUCCUGCACAACAGAAGAUCAUUGAAGGUGUCUCACCGGAAUCUCUCUUGGCUUUAUUUAAAGCAGAAAUCGUCUGAGAAUAGUCCGAUAGAUCUGCUAUCGUAUAUCCAAUAUAUUGAUCAUCGUAAACUUUAUAUUUUGUCAAUUCAUCUACUGCCUUGGAUAGUUUUGAUUUAUUCCUUGCACAAAUUGUUACGUUACUUCCACGCUUUAUUAAUUCAAUUGCAGUUGAUAAUCCUAAACCUUGUGAACCACCAGUAACGAAUGAGUGCUUUUUAUCAUAAUUAACAAUAUUUUUCGUUAUCAUCACUAAUAAUUUUUGA